AUGAAGACCCCCACUCCGGACUGGAAGCAGCAUCCUUCAGCGGAGACCCCGGGGCUGGUCACCGAAUCACGGAGAGAACGACAUCUUCGGAGGGAUGUGCAUGCGGGGCUUUCCCCUCCACCACAGUCACAGCAGGGACUCUAUGUGCCCGAUGGAAACAGCAACACAACCAAUUUAUUGUGUGUUUGUGUAGAUCAUGGAGAACUGUGUAAUGGGGAGGAGGCCUCCUACUGUAUGAAUGGAGGGACAUGCUACAGAAUAGCCUCUAUGGAUUCACUCUCCUGUGUGUGCAACGACGAUUUCAAAGGCAGCAGAUGUGAGCAGUUUCAGCUACAGAGCAAAAUCACCAAUGUAGGGGAGGCUGGGUUAAUUGCAGCCGUGGUCAUUAUUACCCUCCUCAUCCUACUGGUGCUGGUAUUUGUUAUCUUCUACCUACGCAGGAUGUUGAAAGCCAAGAAACAGAGCCAACAGAACAAGCAGCAGCCACAGUAUUGGAAAGUAAAGCCAAGAGUUUAA